UGCUGGCCGUUUCUAUGCCAGCCAAAGAUCUCAACAAAUUCCUGCUGGCUGCUGGCAGUUGCUCCCGAGAAAUUUCUCAAUCUUAAAUAAACCUAAAAUAACUGAGCAUAUAGAAAAAAGAAAAAAGGAAAACACUGAAAACGUCAACAAUUGAGAGAAAAAAAUAUAUUUUAACCUUCUUUUUUUCUUUUUCCUCCUCUUGACUCGUUAAAGCCAAAGACCUGCCAACAGUUUUUCGAAACUUUCUGUUUUCUUUUUGUUUUUGCCAAAUUUCCGUUUAUUUUCUUUGUUUCUUUCUUUGAUUUGAUCCCUUUUGUUUUUGGGGAUAGAGGAUAGAGAGAAUUGCUGCAAGAAUUAAAUGGAAAGCAUACCUUUGUGGCAAGGUUUAACUCUUUGUGGAAUUGUGUCAUGGAUUGUUAUUUCUUCUUGUUUCAAUGUGACCCUAAAGAUUAGAUCUUUCUUGCAACCUUGGGUUACUCAUCAUGUCAUUUCUGGCACUCCUCUCAUCAUUCGGAUCCAGAAGUACCAGCAUGGACUUUUGGAUGCUUUCUUUUCUGGGUUGUCUUGUGUUGUUUCUGUGCCCUUUUAUACUGCUUUUCUUCCCUUGCUUUUCUGGAGUGGACAUGGCAAAUUGGCUAGGCAAAUGACCCUUUUGAUGGCUUUUUGUGAUUAUACAGGGAACUGUAUAAAGGAUGUGGUAUCAGCUCCUAGACCCAAUUGUCCUCUUGUUAGGAGAGUAACUGCCACAAAGGAUGAGGAAGAUAAUGCCUUGGAGUAUGGAUUGCCUUCGUCCCACACUCUUAACACAGUUUGCCUCUCUGGGUACCUCUUGCACUAUGUCCUAUCAUAUACCCAAAACCAAAAUGCCUCUGUGGAGUUUGCUGGACUUGCCAUUGUUUGUUUGUUUGUUGGCCUAAUUGGUUUCGGAAGAGUUUACCUUGGCAUGCACAGCGUGAUUGAUAUCAUAGGUGGUCUAGUCAUUGGAUUGGCUAUCCUUGCAUUUUGGCUCACUGUCCACAAUUAUGUUGAUGAGUUCAUUAUCCUGGGGCAAAAUGUUACAACCUUCUGGGCUGCCCUAAGCUUCAUGUUGCUUUUUGCUUAUCCGACUCCUGAAUUUCCUACUCCAAGCUUUGAGUAUCAUACAGCCUUCAAUGGUGUUGCAUUUGGAAUAGUGGCAGGGGUUCAGCAGACAUACCAUCAGUUCCAUCAUGAAGCUGUGCCACGCGUAUUCACACAACUCACAGUCCCUGCAUUUUUGGGAAGAAUGCUUGUAGGAAUACCAACAAUCCUUCUGGUGAAAUUCUGCAGCAAGACCCUCGCUAAAUGGGUUCUCCCUGUGAUAUCCAACACUUUGAGCCUCCACAUAAAAUCAACCAGCUACAUUCCCAUGUUGAAAGGAUCAGUUAAUGAUAAAAAAUCGGAUGAGGCUAAGCAAUCGAGCUAUCUCCAAAAGUUGUUCUUCUUCUCCUGUCAGGAUUCUUUUAAUGUUGACACAGGUAUUAGAUUCCUUCAGUAUGCAGGCCUUGCUUGGUCCGUGGUAGAUCUUGUUCCUUCCCUUUUCUCACAUCUCAGCUUGUAAUGUAGCUUAUUAUGUAUAUGAUUAGGAUCUUUCCUCAUUUUUUCUUUUUUCCUAAUGGGGGAUGGGAAUUAUUAUUAUUAUAGGGAAUUCCACUGGGAAAGUACUGAAUCUGAUUUUUGUAAAUCCAAGUAAUUUUGUGCUCGGAUAAAUCAAAUCAAUUCGUCCUUGCUAUAUAUGGAAGCUAGUCUGCAAAGGCAAGUAAAUAUGUAAUAACAGUUAUGAGAUUUAGGUCUCCGAUUGCUUUGAAACA